UGCUGACUUCACAACGCACUUCAUAGAAUGUAUUUUUAUAAACGUAAUAUAGAUUUAGCUUGGGGCUUAUGAAUAAUUUCAGUUUCGGUAAAGAUGCAAAUCGAAAUGUGGCAUUUAUUUACCUGCGGAUGGCGUUGAAGGCAGCUAAACAGUAUGGUUAUUCAAGAUGCUGGUGUCCAACAAUUCUUUAGCUGCAAUUAACAAGCACUAUGGCAUUAAACCAGAACCCAGUGACUACACUCAAUUUUAUAUUGGGAUCACAAUCUGCACCAUCAUUGGCAUUGUUUUGAUUAUGGUAAACUGGAUUUGCAGUUGCUGUCACGAGCAUUCCAAGUACUGGAACGAUCCAGACACUGGAAACCGUUUUGCCUCCCUCAUCUUUGUACGCAAAGCCAAGCAGCGACCCCUUGAUGCCCUUUACUAGUGUGUGUAAUGUGUUUGUAGUACAAUUUCCCAUAAGUGAACUUUUAAGACUAGUGGUACAACAGUCUUACAGUUAAAAAAAUAUACUAAAUACAUAUAGACAGGAUUACAUCGAAUUUUUUCAUAACUGGUAUUCCAGCAGUGCAGGAGAAUUUUCCCAGUGCAAAGGCCUCAGGUUUGUAUGUUAGGAAAAAUACAAAUUGAUUAAAAAUUUGUGAAAUUUAAAGUAUAUUUAAUUUAGUUACUUCAUCUGAUAGCAAGU